AACACCUUCCAUGGAUAUCGUUUUUCAACACUGCUUGCUUGGAAAUAGAAAAAAAAAAUUAAUUUAAGCGUGUCUGCGCUGCGCUUGCGCUAAAUGCUAAAUUAACCGUAACUGCGCACCGUUUAACGCGAGUGCUAUUAUCGGGAAUUAACUAAACGGUGCGACUAGAUUUAAGUUGCCAGCUGGAAGAUGCCAUUCAACGCCAUAUCUCCGCUGCUUCGUGUUCAUUUUUCUCCUGUCCACCAUUUUUAAUUUCUUUGUUUAUUUUGUGCCCAUCUUCGCGGGGAGAGAGAGGCUGAAAAAGAGUAAAGAGUGAGGGAGAGAGUGCUGGAGAAGAUGGUGUGAUCUUGCUGGAGAACCAAAAAUCCAACCGUUGCGAUGGCCAGCAAUGCUGCGGGCAGCUGUCCGGCCUUGUCCGGAUCCGUAUCCGUAACCGGAUCAGUGGCCGUGCAGCCCGUGAACCACACCCACGCCGUAUGCGUGUGGGAGUUCGAAUCGCGGGGCGGCAAGUGGUUGCCCUACUCGCCGGCGGUGUCGCAGCACCUGGAACGGGCCCAUGCCAAGAAGCUAACCCGCGUCAUGCUCAGCGAUGCGGAUCCCAGCCUGGAGCAGUACUACGUCAAUGUCCGGACCAUGACCCAGGAGUCCGACGCCGAGUCGGAGACGGGCCUGCUCACGAUCGGAGUGCGUCGAAUGUUCUACGCGCCCAGUUCUCCGGCUGGCAAGGGCACCAAGUGGGAGUGGUCGGGUGGCAGUGCCGAUAGCAACACCGACUGGCGACCAUACAACAUGCAUGUCCAGUGCAUCAUAGAGGAUGCUUGGGCGAGGGGAGAGCAAACUUUGGAUUUGUGCCACACCCACAUUGGACUGCCGUACACCAUCAACUUUUGCAAUCUGACGCAGUUGCGCCAACCUAGUGGUCCCAUGCGCAGCAUACGACGCACCCAGCAGGCUCCCUAUCCUCUGGUUAAGCUAACGCCCCAGCAGGCCAAUCAGCUGAAAACGAACGCCAGUAGCUCCAACAGCAGUACGUACAACACUCUGCCCAAGCUGGGCGACACCAAGAGUCUACACCGCAUGCCCAUGGCCAGGCAGCAGCAUCCAUUGCCUCCGAAUCAUCAGCAGCUGCAGCAGCAGCAGCAGCAGCAACAGCAUCAGCAGCAACAGCACCAUCAGUUGCAGCAUCAGCAGCCAUCGCACCAUCACCACAGCCAGACGGCGCCACGAAAGCCCCCCAAAAAGCACAGCGAGAUCUCCACGACCAAUCUGCGCCAGAUACUGAACAACCUGAACAUCUUUGGCAGCAGCACCAAGCACUCCAACAUGGCCAGCGCCAGUUCGUCCUCCUCCUCGGCCUCACUGCAUCAUGGCAACCACCUGUCCCAUGCCCAUUCCCAUGCGCAUUUCUCGCAUGCCAAGAACAUGCUGACCGCUUCGAUGAACAGCCAUCAUAGUCGGUGCUCCGAAGGAUCGUUGCAAUCGCAGCGCAGCAGUCGAAUGGGCUCACAUCGCUCGAGAUCCCGGACGCGAACCUCGGACACGGACACCAAUAGCGUCAAAUCGCAUCGCAGGCGACCCAGCGUGGACACCGUGUCUACAUACCUAAGCCACGAGAGCAAGGAGAGCCUGCGCAGUCGAAAUUUUGCCAUUUCCGUUAACGAUCUGCUGGAUUGUUCGCUCGGCAGUGAUGAGGUGUUUGUGCCGUCGCUGCCGCCCUCGUCGCUGGGCGAAAGGGCGCCUGUACCGCCACCGCUGCCGCUUCAUCCUCGCCAGCAACAGGUGCAGCAACAGCAACAGCAGCAACAACAGCAGCAGCAGCAGCAACAACAACAGCAGCAGUUGCAGCAGCAAUCAAUCGCCGGUUCGAUUGUGGGCGUGGACCCAGCCAGUGACAUGAUAUCCAGAUUUGUAAAGGUGGUGGAGCCUCCGCUGUGGCCCAAUGCCCAGCCCUGUCCCAUGUGCAUGGAGGAGCUGGUGCACUCUGCCCAGAAUCCGGCCAUCUCGCUUAGUCGCUGCCAGCACCUGAUGCACCUACAGUGCCUGAAUGGAAUGAUAAUUGCCCAGCAGAAUGAACUUAAUAAGAAUCUCUUUAUCGAAUGUCCGGUGUGUGGAAUCGUUUAUGGCGAGAAGGUGGGCAACCAGCCCAUUGGCAGCAUGUCCUGGAGCAUCAUUAGCAAGAACCUGCCAGGACACGAGGGCCAGAACACCAUACAGAUUGUAUACGAUAUCGCAUCGGGCUUGCAAACAGCCGAACAUCCGCAUCCAGGACGUGCCUUUUUUGCGGUUGGCUUCCCGAGGAUCUGCUAUCUGCCGGAUUGUCCGCUGGGUCGGAAGGUGCUGCGCUUCCUCAAGAUCGCCUUCGAUCGGAGGCUAUUGUUCUCCAUUGGCCGUUCGGUGACCACCGGCCGGGAGGAUGUGGUGAUCUGGAAUAGCGUCGAUCACAAGACACAAUUCAAUAUGUUUCCGGAUCCCACAUAUCUGCAGCGCACUAUGCAACAGUUGGUGCACCUGGGUGUUACGGAUUAAAUGAAGAUGCUGAAGAUAUCCACCCACCCACCGAGGCCAAGACUCCCGUUUCUAAACUAAUCCCGUUUCUUCCAAGUCGUUAAUAAGAUACUUUCUACAUAAUCUCAGUGUGUGUGCAAUCCUCGUUUACUAUGAUAUAUAACAUUUUUUUGCAUAGAUAUAUUGCAUAGCGUUCGAGAAGCUCGAACCAUAAAAAAAAAGAAACCAGAAUGGCAAUUAAUGCUUCCUUUCCGCUCUUCCAAUUCGUAUUUGUACGCACCUAGUUACCCGAUAAGUUCCGUACAUCAUAUGUAUUAGUUAGUUUUAGUUACAUAGUUUAAGAGCUUGAUAGUUAAUAGCUUAGUUUUUUGUCCAAGAGAAUCUUGACCCGAAAGACACCUACUAGUAUUAGAGAUAUAUAGACAUAUAUAUACAUAUUCCAGAUUCUAGGCCAGGCCAGGCCAUGCCAUCUCCCCCCGAAGCCUUCGAGUGUAAGCUGUGCCAAAAUCCUUCGUAGAGCAUCCUCCCGUCUAGGAUAUAUGUAAACAUUGUUGAUAUAUAUAGCAUAUAAUUCUCCAUUCUCCAUUCUCAAUUCUUCUCUCUCUCUCUCUCGGCUUUUAUUUUAAUCUUCAGUUUCCAGAUAUUUGUAUUUUUUUUUUUUUUGCAUCAUCAUUAUAUAGGAAGCUAUAGUUAUAAUCGAAUUUAUUAAGAGAGAGAGAGAGAGAGGGAGAGAUGGGAGAACAGAUUCUGGAGAUUCGAUAGACUCGUCUUUGGCCAUUUAAUCUCUUUCAUUCAGCGAAUUUGAUGUGAUUUUAAUUUGAAUUAUUCAUUACAUUAUUCAGCAAUUUUGCUAGCAUGCAUAGAUAUUCCAUUAUAUAUUAAACAUAUAUCGCAUAUUACCACAUUACCACAUAAAAUAUUUUUAAUUGAAUUUUUUGCACACAUUUGAUGAAUUGUUGCUUUCAUAUUGAUAUCAUCGAACAUCGAACUACAUUUACACGCAUCGCAUACAUCGCAGAUAUAAAUAUAUAUAUAUAUAUAUUAUAUUAUAUAGCUUAUAGCGGAUCUGGUCCGCAUCACCAUACUUGAUAUAAUAUGAUAACAUCAUUCGACUAAGUUGUUUUUAGCACUGAUUAGUUUUUAGUAUUCAUUGCGAAUAUUCCACAUUAAUUCCACACCAUUCAAAUAUUGUGCAUAAACAUUCUAUUUUAUAUACAUUUAAUAUAUAGUUCAAAUAAAGUAAUUUCAUUCAUGUUCAAAUUA